AUGGCCGUCAUUUCAGCAGUCUUGAACUCAAUAUGGUCAUCACUGCCAAUAUUGACUGUCACUCUUAUUCUACUAUAUUUCAUCCACAAUUAUUUCAAAGCCGGGCUGGUCUGUAUUCCUGGACCAUUUCAAGCCGAGAUCACACAUCUGUGGAGGUUCAUCGAUGUUGCCAAUGGCCACGCGGAAGCUACACUCUACGACCUCCAUCAAAAGCAUGGCGAUUAUGUCCGACUAGGGCCCAAUGUGGUCAGCGUACGCAACUUAGAUGCUCUGAAAACGAUAUAUGGUAUCAACAAGGGGUACCGGAAAGUGUGUGCUGAUUUCUAUCGUGUUCAACAGCAACUCGCUCACGGGAAGCCGACUCCGACGUUAUUUACCACGACCGACGAGGAUUUUCACGCAGCUAUCAAGAGACCUAUCUCAUCGGCAUAUUCCAUGAGCAACUUGACUGAAUUUGAGCCUUUUGUCGAUAAGACCAUUCAUACUCUGUUUGGGAAACUAGACGAGUUUGUGGCCGAUGCCCAAGUCUGCGACAUUUCUGCUUGGCUACAGUACUAUGCAUUCGAUGUGAUCGGCGAACUGACAUUCGGUAAGUCCCUCGGGUUUCUCGAGAAAGGCGGCGAUAUCGAUGGCAUUAUCGUCGCGUUGGAGCAUAUGCUGGACUAUUCCGGAAAGAUCGGGCAAAUGCCAUGGCUCGACUAUGUUUUUAUCAAGAACCCUCUUAGGAAGUUCUUCGGGGGAAGGCCAACUGGGGCCGUCGCUCGGUUUGCUCGCGCACGGCUGCAUGAGCGUUUGAAUCAGAAAGACACAGUAGAUUGCACCCACAAAGACUUUCUCGCCCGUUUUUUGGAGGCUAAGAAUGAAUACCCAAACAUUGUGAAUGACAACCAGGUUUUCUCAUAUACGGUCAGCAAUAUGAAUGCUGGCUCUGACACCACCGCAAUAUCGCUCCGAGCGAUCAUCUAUCACACCCUGAAGAAUCCUCGUGUUGCUGAAAUACUACAACAAGAGUUAUCGGUCGCCAUAGAUGAAGGUCGGAUAUCUAUCCCAGUAUCAUGGAGGCAAAGUCAAGAACAACUCCCGUACCUCGACGCAGUCAUCAAAGAAGCCCUCCGGCUCCAUCCAGCCGUGGGACUGAUGCUUGAACGAGUUGUACCGGCCGAGGGACUUCAUCUCCCCAACGGAGGCCCGUUCCUACCAGCUAGCACGAUUGUCGGUGCUAAUCCGUGGAUCAUACAUCGGCAUCCAAUUUUCGGGGACGAUGUAGAAUCGUUUGUGCCAGAGCGCUGGCUCAAGAAGAAGACCGAGACCGAUUCUGACUUCCAAAUCAGAAAACAGACGAUGCAACGCGCAACAUUCACUUUCGGGUCUGGACCGAGGACUUGCAUUGGGAAGAACAUCAGUCUGCUGGAGAUAUAUAAGCUGAUCCCGUCUCUACUCCUGCGAUACAAGAUUGAGCUUAGCGACCCUACCUCGGAGUGGGAAACCGUCAAUGCAUGGUUUGUCAGGCAAAGAAACAUCAAGGUGAGACUGAUGAGUUCACAUUCAUGGAGCUAA